AUUGCUAGUAGGUGAUAGACUAGCCUUCAAUCCUCUCUCUCUCUCUCCCUCUCUCUUCUCUUUCUCACGGAGCAACUGUUAAGCUUGCGUGGCCAUGUCCAGGUCUCCAACCUUCAAGGCCUCAUGUUUCUUCAUCCUGCAAAUUCUCAUCUACCAUCAGAUCAAACCCUAAUUUUCACAACGCCGACCAGAAAAGUGCCAAAGAAAGUCGCAAUUGCAACCCCUGUGUGAUCACCUUUUUCUUCCAUUCCAUGCACGUUUGACGCCAGGAAACCCUAGUUUUCUCAUACUGAUCAGUGUAGAUAUAUUUCCAGUUAUCACACAGAGCAGCCUAGUUAAAGCUAUGAAAGCAGAAUUGAGAGGUAGCACCACUCCCAUUAAUCCUCUGCAAAACUCUAGCCUCUUCAGCAACACUCAGAGCUCUCUAUCUGGUGCACUCCAAGGUUGCCUCGGCAGCCUCGACGGAGCUUGUAUAGAGCAGCUUCUUCUCCACUGUGCCAGUGCCUUGGAGAGGAACGAUGUCACUUUGGCUCAACAAGUGAUGUGGGUUCUCAACAACGUAGCUUGUUCUUUAGGUGAUCCAAACCAGAGGCUGACUUCUUGGUUUUUGAGGGCACUGAUCUCAAGGGCUUCUAGGGUUUAUCCUGCAGCCAUUAGUUUCAACGGCGGCAGCACCCUUCAGACGCGGUCCAUGUCGGUGAUCGAGCUCGCCGGGUACGUUGAUCUGAUCCCUUGGCAUAGGUUUGGCUUCUGUGCAUCAAACAGUUCCAUUCUCAAGGCAAUUGAAGGGUGUUCAAGAGUUCAUAUCUUAGAUUUUAGCAUAACUUACUGCAUGCAGUGGCCUACUUUUAUAGAUGCAUUAGGGAAGAGGCAAGAAGGGCCUCCUUCUCUUAGAAUUUCAGUGCCUUCUUGGAGGCCGCCUGUUCCUCCAUUGCUGAACAUGACAAGCGAAGAAGUCGGCCAGCGAUUGGCGAAUUUCGCCAAGUCCAGGGACGUUCUACUUGAAUUCAAUGUCAUUCAUGAUCAAGAUCACUCAUCUCCAACUGAUGAUUUAGCAGUUUCUAAAGAACCCUCUAGCUUUCCGUAUGACUCACUGUUGAAUAAACUGAACCCUUUGACAUUAGACCUUAGGGAUGAUGAAGCUUUGGUGAUCAAUUGCCAGAAUUGGCUGCGUUACUUGUCUGAUGAGCCAAGAGAGACUGCUCAAGGCCUCUCAUUUCGAGAAACUUUCCUUGAAAUAGUCAAGGGCCUUUUCCCUCGCAUUAUCAUCAUUGUGGAUGAAGACUCUGAUUUAGCUGCUUCUAGUCUAACUUCAAGGAUAGCCACUUCUUUCAAUUACCUAUGGAUUCCUUUCGAUGCCUUAGAAACCUUUCUGCCCAAAGAUAGCCCCCAGAGAGUGGAAUAUGAAGCUGAUAUUGGCCACAAAAUCGAAAACAUCAUCGGGUUCGAAGGGAAUCAAAGGAUAGAGAGGCUAGAAUCCGGAGCUAGGCUGUCUCAGAGAAUGAGAAACGCUGGUUGUUAUGGGGUUCCAUUUGAUGAUGAGACUGUUAGGGAAGUAAAGCUCUUGCUAAAUGAACAUGCCAGUGGCUGGGGAAUGAAGAAAGACGAUGAUAUGUUGGUUCUAACAUGGAAAGGCCACAAUUCAGUGUAUGCUACAGCUUGGGUCCCAGUAGGGUUCGAGGACUGAAGUCUUAAACAAAAUUUCAUACAAAAUAACGCUGGCUUAUUAUUAACAAAGUUGGGUUUAGAGCGCGAGAGUACUCGUUGUCACCUCAUUCUAUAUGAGAAUUCUGUAUCGGAAUUAUGUAUGAAUAAGCAUGGAGGUAGCUAGUAGUAGGCUUUGUUUUCAAAUUUGGAGUGGUCCAAGUGAAGGGCAGUGACAAAUGAGUUUUCCUUUUCCUUGCUUUAUCAAAAGGCUGCAAUGGGGGACAAGCCAAGAAGGCAAAAAGAAGGAAAAGGGGCCUUGAGAAUGAAUUCAAGCUAACCUUUGCAUUGGAGCUUCUAGCUAUAUGGUAGUUAGCAUCACAUGAAAGGCAAAGACAGAAAAUGAAGAUGAUGUCUUGUGCAUGAAGACAAAAGCUUGAAUACUGUGUUUCACUACCUUUGCAGGCUCUGUAGAGUUUCAGAGAAAGGAAUUAACCAGCUGGGAACUUUAAUUCUUAUUCAAACAUUUGCCUGCAGGGUGAUAGUUUAUUUUACCUCUUUCCCCACUUCUCUUAAACUGUUUCUGAUAGCAUAAAAAAUAUAUAAAAAAUAUCAUAUUU